CUACUGUUCACCAGGGCCCCUGAUGGUGGGGAUGGACUUGGUGCAGACUGGAACCAGGUCGCGACCCCUGAGUGCGUCCGGCUGUGGUAGAGAGUACUGGCAGGGGAGUGCGGGAACGGAGUCUGAUGGGAAGAGGCAGGCAGACUUACUGAAGUGAUCCAUGCGAUGGAUGGAUGGAUCGUCGGGUGAAGUAAGCGCUUCUUCUAGGCAGGCCGGGUCGGUAUCGUGCGGGCAGCGAGGUACAAGAGGAGCGAGCAGAGAAUGGUCGGGGUCACAAGCCAGGUUCAGCAGGGGCCCUAGCGGGCAGCGCGGGUACCGAGGAUCAGGCAGAAGGAUGUUC